GUGCAGGGAGAUACGGUGCGCUCUCAUACGGUAGAGAGAGUGACCAACGUAUUAUACAGACAGCCCAAAAACUCGAAUUCCUGAAACCCGACGUCGCCUCCCAAAUUCAUUGGAUCGUUUUGACGUCGCCGACGACCGCCCGCUACAAGCUUCUUUGAAAGAGAGUGGUUUCGAUUUGGAAUUUGGGGUCGGUGAGAGAAUAAAUCAAUUCAUGGCUACUUUGCAACCGACGAGGGCUCGGGCGGAUCACGACUAUCUCAUCAAGCUUCUCCUCAUUGGCGACAGUGGUGUUGGCAAGAGUUGUCUGCUUUUGCGUUUCUCUGAUGGCUCCUUUACAACAAGUUUUAUCACCACUAUUGGGAUUGAUUUCAAGAUAAGAACAAUUGAGCUUGAUGGCAAACGGAUUAAAUUGCAAAUCUGGGAUACGGCUGGUCAAGAACGAUUUCGAACAAUUACAACAGCUUACUAUCGAGGAGCCAUGGGUAUUUUGUUGGUGUAUGAUGUUACUGAUGAGUCAUCUUUCAACAACAUUAGAAACUGGAUUCGCAACAUUGAGCAGCAUGCUUCUGUCAAUGUCAACAAGAUUCUGGUGGGGAACAAAGCUGAUAUGGAUGAAAGCAAAAGGGCUGUGCCGACGUCUAGGGGUCAAGCGCUUGCUGACGAGUAUGGUAUCAAGUUCUUUGAGACUAGUGCAAAGACGAACCUGAACGUGGAGGAGGUCUUCUUUUCUAUAGCCAGGGAUAUUAAACAGAGACUCGCAGAAUCUGAUGCCAGGGGCACUGAGCCUCAGACACUUAGGAUUAACGAACCAGACAGAGCCGAUGGUCAAGCUGCACAAAAGUCAUCUUGCUGUGGUUAGUAGAACAAGAGAAGGUUCUGUUGGUCGUACUGAUGUGGAUUUGAGGCAAACCUUGAUAACUCCAUGGCGGGCGCCUCUCUUAGAUCUCUCAAACCACCAGCAUUAGUAGUAAACGUAGUUUUUUUUUCUUUUCUUCGUAAUUCUAAAAUUUACAAUGGCACAUCUACCUUUCAUCGUCUUUCGGUUCCAAGGGGCUUCUGCUUGUCAUUGCCUCUGUUUGUCGCCUGUCUUGUUGUAGAUAGAUAAUCAGGUUCGAGCUUCUUGUCAAGAGAGCUUUAAAGUUCAAACAAUGCCAAUUACCUUUCUGCAGUAAACCCAUCAUUUAUCCCAUAUUUUCAUCAUUUAUCA